AUGAGUAUUAUGAACUAGGGCAUUUGGAAGAGCUACCAAAUACAGCCUUUCUAAAACAAUCUCAUUUUCUCUGUCAUCACGCAGUAUUUAAAGAAAAUAGUGAGUCUACUAAAAUUAGAGUAGUUUUUGAUGGUUCAGCUCCAACUACUUCAGGGUUUUCGCUUAAUGAUAUCCAAAUGGGUCUAGAUUGGGAUGAACCUGUUCCCAAGGAUAUAGAAAGGUCAUGGGAAGAAUUUAGUAAUAGUUUACCACAUCUUCUAAAUGUAAGUGUACCUCGUAGAGUACUGUGCGAAAACUACAAUUAUGUUGAAUUACAUUCAUUUAGUGACGCAUCAUUGCGGGCUUUUGGAGCUUGUAUCUACCUUAGAUCUAUAAAUAAUGCAGGUAUAAUUAAUGUUCAAUUGUUGUGUUCUAAGUCGAAAGUUUCUCCUAUUAAGCCGACAACGAUACCCCGCUUAGAACUAUGCGCAGCACUUUUAGCAGCAAAGUUAUCGAAGGCGGUGGUGGCAUCUCUUAGAUGUACAGUCGCUCGUCAAGUACACUGGUGCGAUUCUACUGUUGUCCUUGGAUGGCUUCGUGCUGAUUGUCAUAAAUUAAAAACAUUCGUAGCAAAUAGGGUUAUCGAAAUUUCAGAGCUUUCAGAUAUUUCAUCAUGGCAAUAUGUACCUACUUCAUUGAAUUCAGGGGAUCUAGUGUCAAGAGGUGUCGCACCUAAGGAUAUAAUUUCGAAAAAAACCUGGUGGAAUGGCCCACUGUUCUUAUCUAAACCAGAAUCAGAGUGGUGUAUUCCUUCGCCAGAUGUCCCAAAUGAAGUUAAUUUGCCUGAGAUUAAAUUAAUUUCUUCUGCAGGUGUAGUAAACGAAGCUACGGAAGUAAGCAUAAUUGAAAUUGAAAAAUAUUCUAAAUUUUCAAGGGUUCACAGAGUUUUAGGAUAUGUUAAACGAUUUAUUUUUAAUUUAAGAAACAAAACUAAUAAACGUCUAGGAGUUUUAAGUUUGGAUGAGUUAAACGACGCUUUCCAUAGUCUAUGUAUGAUUUCUCAAAAGGAAUCUUUUCCUAAAGAAUAUAAAUUAUUAGAAAUGGGUAAAUCUAUUAGUAACAAGUCAAGCAUCUUGUUAUGA